GGAGCCCCUGCUGAUGCUCCCCUCCACUACCUGAAGGGAGACGGGGCACGAGGCGACGGGAUUUAUGGGAGAUCUGCUGGAGCGUCAUCACCCCGCCGUUGUAAACUCUUGUCCGGGAUGGGGAAGGAGCAGGAGCUGCUGGAGGCUGCCCGGACCGGGAACGUCGCUCUGGUGGAGAAACUGUUAAGUGGGAAGAAGGGGAUUCUGGGGUCAAGCUCCGGCUCCAUCCCCCUGCCCAACCUGCUCAGCAUGUGGAAGGGCCUGAAUGUCAACUGCACAGACAGCUCAGGAUACACACCGUUACAUCAUGCCUCGCUCAAUGGACACAGGGAGGUGGUACUGAAGCUUCUCCAGUUUGAGGCGUCCACAAAUGUGGCUGACAGCAAAGGUUGCUUCCCGCUCCACCUUGCCGCCUGGCGGGGAGAUGUGGACAUUGUUCGCAUCCUCAUUCACCAUGGCCCCUCGCACUGUCGAGUCAACCAACAGAACCAUGAGAGGGAAACAGCUCUCCACUGUGCAGCCCAGUAUGGACACUCUGAUGUGGUUUCAGUGCUUCUUCAGGAGCUGACCGACCCUACCAUGCGGAACAGCAGACAGGAGACGCCUCUGGACCUGGCAGCACUGUAUGGACGAUUACAGGUGGUGUGCAUGUUGGUGAGUGCUCACCCCAACCUCAUGACCAGCCACACUCGCCGACACACUCCGCUUCACCUGGCUGCACGCAAUGGACAUCACAGCACCGUCCAGACCCUGCUCGAGGCUGGCAUGGACGUCAACUGUGUGACUGAGAAUGGCAGUGCCCUCCAUGAGGCAGCUCUCUUUGGGAAGAUGGAUGUAGUUCGCCUUCUGCUUGACUCAGGGAUCGACACCAAUCUGAGAGACAGCCAAGGGAGAACAGCUCUGGAGAUCCUGAGAGAACAUCCAGCACCAAAAUCCCAGCAGAUCACAGCUCUUAUCCAAGAGUACAUGAUGGAUGAGAUGGAGAGGAAGACUAUCAUGGAGGAGCCGGUUCGCAAGUGUCCCAUCCCUGCACCUCGAACCUCUGUCCCCUCACCCUCGGCCUCACCCUCCCUCAGGCACAAGAAUGACGCUGUGACGAGUGAGCUGUCCAAACUGCUCCAUGAGAUCAAGAAGUGUCGGGACAGGGACUACUCCUUUGAGGAGCUCUGUCAGACCAUCUCUUCUCACUCCAUGGACAGCUUCGGCAGUGGCCGGCUCUCCGAUGAGGAGCGUCCAGACCGACCUAAUGGCACUCUGACUCGAGGUGGCAAGCGACCGACACCGCCUCUCGCUCCAGCUCAGGAGGAGGAUGAGGCUGACAAGAUUUGCGGCCCCACUGGAUUCUGGGAGGCCCUGACCCCAUGCAAUGGCUGCCACAACCUGGGCUUCUCCAGCCUCUCACAGGACUCAAAGCGUUCAGCGGAACUUGUCACAUCUCCAUCUCUGGAUGUUUUCCUGCCAGAGGACGAGGACAACCCUUAUGAGUCUGUGACCACAGCCGUCACACGUAAACCCUGCUCUCUGGAUAUCAACCACCGGCUCAACGCCUGCCCACGCAACGGUCACUUGUCCCAUGUAGCAGUGAAUGAGGGGGAGCAGAGUAACCAUGGCAACUGCUCAACAGGGCCCACUCCAGACUGCUCGCCCCCCUCCCCCGACACAGCCCUGAAGAACAUAGAGAGAGUUAUUCGUCCACAGCCCAAGCAGCGGACAUCCCUGUCCUCAUCCCUGGACGUCCAGAGGCCGGUCAACCACAGCUGUGAGCCCAGUGAGGUGAGCUCAUCCCUGGGCUACGCCAGUUUCAGCACAAGCCCCCCUGCCAGCCCACCCCUCAGUCCCAACCAGGAGGACUCUGCAGGCUCCAACGACGACUGUCAGUUCACAGACGAGGGGUCGUACCAACGAGAUCCGCCUCCUCCUCCUUGCACAUCCUCCACAUCCAGUACUGUGCUGGAAGAUCGCAGGAAGAGCCACAUCCCUGAGGAGUUUGCAGGCCUCCUACAUGGAUCAUCUCCAGCCUGUGAAACCCCUGAUACGCCUUACCAUCUGUACAGCCACAAAGCCCGCAAAUAUGGCUCUACAGACAUCCAGAGCACCCUGCUGCAGACCCCCGAAUUCAGCAUUGUGAUUGGAGGUGGACCCACUCAGAUCUUCUCCAGGACAGAGAGAGACUCAUCAGCACAGAGGACCACCAACGACCCCCAAAAGCCACAGGUGGUGUAUAGAACUAUCUUCCACACACGGGUUAAUCAGGACCAGGCCCGACCCAGGAACUGUGCACAGGUUGAUCCACCACCUCGUGGUUGGGCUACACUUGACCGCCCACCCUCCUACUCCUCUGCCAGCUCCAGUGGUCAAAACGGGGAGGCCACAGAGUUACUGACAGGAAGCACAGGAAAGGACAGUUCAUCAGGGACUGGCUACGAAGAGAGGGCUUGCACCCUGGGGAGAAUGAGGUCCAUGCCCCGCAGUGUGUUGGACCUGCAGCUGUCCAAGUCUUUGUCCAAGUCAGACUCCAACCUAGUUGCUGUGUCUCCUAUACAGGAGGAGCACAGUUGGGGAUCUGGAUCUCGUGGCCAGGGACCUGGAAGUCCCAGCCCAGGAGAGGGCAGCACCCCAGGGGGUCGUCUGGAGAGAACACCCUCCUUCACUGCGGAGUGGGAAGAGAUCGACAAGAUUAUGAGCUCAAUCGGGGCAGGAAUAGGCAGUGGAUUGGACAUCAAGGAGGACACAUCAGGUCCCCGCUGCCCGCUGCAGUCCGUGGGCCAGUGGCUCGACUCCAUCGGUCUGGUCCAGUAUGAGAACCACCUGCUGGCUAAUGGAUUUGACAAUGUCCAGUUUAUGGGCAGCAAUGUGGUGGAGGACCAGGACCUGCUGGAGAUCGGGAUCCUUAACUCAGCCCACAGACAACGACUUCUGCAGGCAAUACGACUUCUCCCCAGGGUGCGGCCUGUUGGUUACGAUGGUAACAACCCCACAUCAGUGGCCGAAUGGCUGGAGUCACUGGAGCUCGGUGACUACACCAAGUCAUUCCUCAUUAAUGGCUACACCUCAAUGGAGCUGGUCAAGAAGAUUUGGGAGAUCGAGCUUAUCAAUGUAUUAAAGAUCAGCCUUAUUGGACACAGAAAACGGAUCCUGGCCUCAUUGGGGGACCGGUUACACGAAGACAUUCCACAGAAACCCCCACGGGCCAUUUCCCUAAGGUCUUUUCUUGUGUCCCAGGAGCCCGGAGGGAACCACACUCCUCCUCAGCUCAGCCCGUCAGUGGGACAGGCAGCGUACACGGCGGGGGUCCCGGGUGGAUCUCUGGACGUGCAGCACCUCAUCAUGCAGGCGGACGCUCGGCGCAGGCAGCGCAGCAAUGACAACUACUUCGAGGACGUGCCGCGAUCCAAGCUGGAGCGACAGAUGGCCCAAGUCAGCAUGGCAGGCGAGUGGUGCGAGCCAAUCACGUUGCGUCCGCCCAACGAGGCCACCUCGUCUACUCCAGUGCAGUACUGGCAGCAUCACCCGGAGAAGCUCAUCUUUCAGUCCUGUGACUAUGAAGCCUAUUACCUGGGCUCCAUGCUGGUGAAGGAGCUGAGAGGGACAGAGUCCACACAAGACGCCUGUGCCAAGAUGAGGAAGUCGACAGAACAGAUGAAGAAAGUACCGACCAUCGUUCUCUCUGUUUCCUACAAAGGAGUCAAGUUCAUCGAUGCCACAAAUAAGAACAUCAUAGCAGAGCAUGAGAUUCGUAACAUCUCAUGUGCAGCUCAGGAUCCGGAGGAUCUGUCCACAUUUGCCUACAUCACCAAAGACCUCAAGUCAAGUCACCACUACUGCCAUGUCUUCACUGCUUUCGAUGUGAACCUGGCAUAUGAGAUCAUCCUGACACUGGGCCAGGCCUUUGAGGUGGCCUACCAGCUAGCCCUGCAGGCCAGGAAGAGCGGCCACGGAUCAUCUACACUGCCCGAGAGCUUUGACAGCAAGCCCAGCAAACCUGUUCCCAAACCUCGUGUCAACAUCCGCAAAACUAUGGAUCAGCCGUCCAUGGACCAGAAGGGCCAUGCCAAUGUACCAUGGAUUGUGGAGCCGGGUCAGGAAGCCAAAAGAGGAGUCAACACCAAGGCAAUGCCGGACGCUCAUGUCUAUUACUGUGGAAUGCAAAGAAUGUAGCCAGCCCUAAACACGGACACACAUACAAUGCAAAAUGGACUACAAUGGACCCUCUUGCUCACUUUUCAAAGGACUACAAACAUGGACACAACACCACAGUGUUUAAGGUUGACUACAAAAUUGUGACAUCAUUCACGCACAUGAUGCUUGACACAGUAAACACACACACACUACCAGGACUGCAUCUUGACAGACGAUGGUCUGCACUGAAUGUACACUUUGAAAGCAGCCUCAACUUUCGGCAGCCACAGGACCUGUUUUAUUCACCCAACUGUGAGGCGUGACCUUUGAACUUUUGGGAGGUCACAGGCGACAAGCAUGGUCACUGGGAAUAUGUUGGUAGCAGACAAUGAGCCCACGGAAGGCACCACUAGGCAUGUGUCUGUUGGAAUGGGCAUGGGUUGGAGGACAUCUCGCUGGCUCUUUGGGUCUUUAUUUUACAUUUCUUUUAAGGUCAGAAAAUAGAGAUAUAUGCACAAAUGUGUAAAUGUGAUUGGACUCGCUGCAACACACUCAAGAUACAACGGGUGUGUCCUGAUGAGAUGUGUCAUUUUUGCAGCACAGAACAAACCGAUAUGAACAAAACAGCAUCUGGCGUUAAAAAAGUAUUCUCUUCGUAUUGCCCGACAUUUUAAUGUUUAAUAUGAGAGUAUUAUAUUACCAUGAUGAUUAUGAUUAUUCUUGUGCAAUUCUUGUCUACUGUUGUCUUAAUGUUACAUUAUUUUUCUAUGAUAUGCUGAAAUGAAAACCUUGGGCUUGAGAAUGAUGGCCAUCCUUUAAAAAAAUCUGAAAAUAGAUGAUCAUAUUGUACACAGAGAGUGAAUGUUGCCGGUGGCUAGCUAACUCUUGUCAGGUCAACCCUCCAUCAUUUCUCAUGGGGCUCUACUCUUAACUAGCAGAUGUACUAUUUUAAACGCAGUAUUACUGUAUUAUUUGGAUGAGAUGUUAUCCAAUUAUAAAAUGUACAUAGAUAUUUUGCCAACUCAUUGUUCAUACAUGUAAUGUAAAGGAAAAGAAAAAAGGAUUUGCAGUAUAUAGCACUGGAAACAAGGUACCAAAAUAAAGGCUGAAGAUGAAAAAACUAAUGGUAGAUUGUAGAGAUUGUAUUUUGAGUGAACAUUGAAAUGGGUUAUUUGCUGACAUCACUGCUGACCAACUAAUGUACAUAGGCUUGGGCUUCCAGCACACUGAUUUUUGUAAUUUUGGCCAUUAUUUAUAUCCUUGUAAAGCACAUGGAAUAAAAUAUGACUUGUACAACCAUUA